GUGAUUCCUCUCCCGGCGCCCGUGAACCGCAGCAGCACCGGUACUCAUGUCCGGGAAUCGAGAGAAGAGUAAAGGAUUCACCUGAGAUCGUCCGAGCGGUUUGUUUGGGGGGAAAAAAGUCUCACCAGCUCCGGUUUCCUCCAUGUGAAAGAAAAGGUUGCUCACUGAGAGAUGAACGAGAGCAGAUUGGCCAACGAGAGCGGUGGAGGACUACCACUCUCGUCAUGGUUGGAGUCCGAAGCCUUUGACAGCAAUGAGAGCCUCACGCUCUCCACAGCAGCCCUCGAGUUCCACGUGAACCCGUGGGACAUCAUGUUGUGCCUCUCCGGUACCAUCAUCGCCUGUGAGAAUGCAAUCGUGGUGGCCAUCAUCUUCUACUCACCGACCUUGAGGAACCCCAUGUUCGUUCUGAUCGGCAGCCUAGCCACCGCUGACCUUCUCGCUGGGAUGGGAUUAAUUCUGAACUUCGCGUUCCAGUAUCUGAUCUCCUCUGAGACCAUCAGCCUUAUCACGGUCGGCUUCCUGGUGGCCUCCUUCACCGCCUCCAUCAGCAGCCUCCUCGCCAUCACGGUCGACCGCUACCUGUCCCUCUACAAUGCCUUGACGUACUUCUCUGAAAAGACGCUGCAUUAUGUGCACUUGAUGUUGGUGGGCACAUGGGGUGCGUCUCUUUGCCUGGGGCUGCUGCCUGUGUUGGGAUGGAACUGCUUGGAUGACGCGUCCACCUGCAGCAUCGUUCGGCCCCUAAAACGCACCAACUUAACCCUCCUCGCCACAUCUUUCUUCUUCAUUUUCGCUCUUAUGCUCAGUCUUUACUUCAAGAUCUGUAAAAUAGUGUGCCAUCACGCACAUCAGAUCGCUCUCCAGCAAACUUUUUUCACCACAUCGCACUACAUGGCCACUAAAAAGGGUGUCUCCACGCUCGCCAUCAUCUUGGGUACCUUUGGGGCGAGCUGGUUGCCCUUCGCCAUAUACUGUUUGGUCGGGGAGCGUGAGUAUCCUCCGGUAUACACGUACGCAACACUGCUCCCUGCCACCUACAACUCCAUGAUCAAUCCGAUUAUUUAUGCCUACCGGAACACUGAGAUCCAACGCUCCAUCUACAUGCUCUUCUGCGGUUGUUUUCAGAACAGCGGCUCGUAUCGCUCCAGGUCACCCAGUGAGGUGUAGAUCUGUUCCCUGUGUGCUUUUUUACAUGUUGCCUGUCCGUGUAAAAGCUCUGAGUGUAUGUUGCGCAAUUGCACUUUAUAAAGACUCUGGACUGCGACCAGUAUGUCUCAAAAAUGCUGUGAACAACACAAACCUGUGACACACGCAACAACCUGCAUCAAGAAUGUAUAUUUAUAUUAUUUAUAACCGAAAUGUUGCACUUUACUGUAAAAUUCUAGAUGCCAAAGCAGUAUUGUAUAGGCCUACUGUAUGUGUUUGAAGAGUUCUGUGUG